GUUUAAUCGACUGAUCCUGAUGUGACAAUUCGUUACUGAACUACCCAUCAACUUCGUCCAUUAUUCAAAAUUGUUGAAGAUUUGAAUGAUAAAAAAUAUAAUGUGUGCAUUACACGAAGCUUUGACGCCAAUUUCUUGGCUCGCUGGUCGCUGGAGGACUGAAGAAGGCCGCGGUACAUAUCCGAACAUACCGGAUUUUCAAUAUCAUGACGAUUUGGAAUUCCUUUGCAUCGGUCAACCAAUGUUCAACUUCAAAUCAACGUCAACGCAUCCUGAAAAGAAGACUCCAAUGCAUCAGGAACGAGGGUUUCUCCGCAUUAAGCCUGGAACCAAUGAGCUUGCUUUCGUAGUCAGCCACAACUUUGGCCUCACAUCCCUCGAAGAGGGCCACUGUGACGUAGAAGCUAAACAAGUAACGCUUGAGACCGUGAGCCUAACGAGAAUAUCAUUUGCAAAGCCUCCGUUUGUUAAAAAACUGAAGAGGGUUAUAACGUUGGUAGCACCAGAUACGUUGGAAGUUCUUCUCUGCAUGGAGACCGACAGUACUCCCUUGACGGAACAUUUGAAAGCUGUAUACAAGAAAGUUGAGGAGUAGGUUAUGUUCUAGAAAGUUCUAUGUUCCAAAUAAAAUUAUUAUUUCCUAAGUAUUUAUUAAUUUAAC